GUGCAGGCGUCCGUUUCUUUUAAGAUAAAUUAAAUAACAUAAAAUAAAAAAUCUACGUCACUGUCAGCCAUCAGCUUCUGAGACCUUCCCAUGGCUGGUCUGAAAAGCGUCCUUGCCAAUUCCUGGCUGAUACCAAUGGCCCUUGGGGCGAGCCAAUCCCUGGUCCCCAGCACACCUGCCACUGCGCCGUACUCGCAGUUCACCAUCCCUGCCUCUGCCGAUGUUGGUGCCAACUUGAUCGCCAAUAUCGAUGAUCCCCAAGCGGUCAACGUACAAUCUGCCUGUCCCGGCUAUAAGGCCACCGACGUGAAGCAUACCUCUCAGGGCUUCACUGCCAACCUAGGGUUGGCUGGCGACCCUUGUAAUGUUUACGGAACGGACGUUGAUUCGUUGACCCUGACUGUGGAAUAUCAGGCAAAGGAUCGUUUAAACAUCCAGAUUGUCCCAACGUAUGUUGACGCUUCUAAUGCAUCCUGGUACAUUCUUCCGGAGGAACUAGUACCUAGACCCAAGGCUUCCUCCAAUGCUUCCGUUCCCCAGAGUGAUCUCUUCGUCUCUUGGUCCAAUGAGCCUUCCUUCAACUUCAAGGUGAUUCGGAAAGCCACGGGUGACGUGCUUUUUGAUACAGAGGGCUCUAUCCUUGUCUAUGAAAACCAAUUCAUAGAAUUCGUUACUUCAUUGCCAGAGGACUAUAAUCUCUAUGGUUUAGGAGAGCGAAUGAAUCAGCUGCGACUCCUGGAAAAUGCCAAUUUGACCAUGUAUGCAGCAGAUAUUGCAGACCCAAUUGAUGAUAACAUUUAUGGACAGCAUCCAUUCUACUUGGAUACAAGAUAUUACAAGGUAGACGGUCCCAAUAAGACUCAUACCAUUGUCAAGAGCAGCGAAGCCGACCCUUCUGAGGAUUAUGUCUCAUAUUCCCAUGGAGCCUUUCUCAGAAACUCUCAUGGACAGGAAGUUCUCCUGCGGGAUCAGAGAUUGACUUGGCGCACUCUCGGAGGGAGUAUUGAUCUGACCUUCUAUGCUGGUCCCACGCAAGUAGAAGUCACCAAGCAGUAUCAGCUCAGCACCAUUGGGCUGCCUGCUAUGCAACAAUACAAUACACUUGGGUUUCACCAGUGUCGCUGGGGCUAUAACAACUGGUCUGAGUUUGAAGAUGUUCUUGCAAAUUUCGAGAGGUUUGAAAUUCCUCUAGAGUACCUUUGGGCCGAUAUAGACUACAUGCAUGGGUAUCGCAAUUUCGAUAAUGACCAGCAUCGAUUUUCCUAUGAAGAAGGUGAAGAGUUCCUCAACAAACUUCACGAAGGUGGACGUCGCUGGGUCCCGAUCGUUGAUGGAGCACUCUAUAUCCCCAAUCCUGAGAACGCUUCUGAUGCGUACGAAACUUAUGACAGAGGCGCCAAAGAUGAUGUUUUCAUCAAGAACCCCGAUGGCAGUCUCUAUAUUGGGGCAGUCUGGCCUGGCUAUACCGUCUAUCCCGAUUGGCUUCACCCGAAGGCCGCCGAAUUUUGGGCUAAUGAACUUGUCACCUGGUGGAAUAAGUUGCAUUACGAUGGGGUUUGGUACGACAUGGCUGAAGUUUCCUCUUUCUGUGUAGGAAGCUGUGGAUCCGGCAAUCUGUCAAUGAACCCAGCUCACCCACCGUUCGCCCUGCCCGGUGAACCUGGGAACGUCGUCUAUGACUACCCAGAGGCUUUCAAUAUUACCAAUGCUACGGAAGCAGCCUCGGCAGCUGCUGGAGCUGCAAAGCAGUCUGCAGCGGCACCAUCCGCAACGACACCAGACUCAUAUCUGCGUACGACACCUACCCCUGGAAUUCGUAAUGUUGAACACCCCCCCUAUGUGAUAAAUCAUGUCCAAUCCGGUCAUGACCUGAGCGUCCAUGCCAUCUCGCCGAACUCUACUCAUGUAGACGGCACUCAGGAGUAUGAUGUUCACAGUCUUUACGGGCAUCAAGGGAUCAAUGCGACCUACCAUGGAUUGCGCAAGGUGUGGCAGAACAAGCGCCCCUUCAUCAUCGCACGCUCCACAUUUGCCGGCUCCGGUAAAUGGGCGGGGCACUGGGGUGGUGAUAACUUCUCCAGGUGGGGAUCAAUGUACUUUUCGAUUUCGCAGGCUCUUCAGUUCUCGCUCUUUGGCAUUCCAAUGUUUGGCGUUGAUACCUGCGGUUUCAAUGGAAACACUGACGAGGAGCUGUGCAACCGAUGGAUGCAGCUCUCAGCCUUUUUCCCGUUUUAUCGCAAUCAUAAUGUUCUUUCUGCUAUCCCGCAGGAGCCUUACCGAUGGGCAUCCGUUAUCGACGCUACCAAGGCGGCAAUGACUAUUCGCUACGCCAUCCUGCCAUACUUUUACACCCUGUUCCAUUUGGCUCACACCACAGGAUCUACCGUCAUGCGCGCACUCGCGUGGGAGUUCCCAAAUGAUCCCUCAUUAGCUGCUAUCGGAACCCAAUUUCUUGUCGGGCCUUCAGUCAUGGUGAUUCCUGUCCUCGAGCCGCAGGUAAACACCGUCAAGGGUGUCUUCCCAGGUGUUGGACAUGGGGAAGUCUGGUAUGAUUGGUACUCACAGACAGCCGUGGACGCACAGCCUGGUGCCAACACCACCAUUUCGGCGCCACUCGGUCACAUCCCGGUCUUUGUGCGUGGUGGUAGCAUUCUGCCCAUGCAGGAAGUUGCACUAACCACGCGGGACGCUCGUAAGACCCCCUGGUCUCUGCUCACCUCGUUGAGCAGAAAUGGAACUGCCUCGGGAGAGCUCUAUCUCGAUGACGGAGAGAGUGUCUACCCAGAGGACACGCUUUAUGUUGACUUCCUGGCGUCUAAUUCGACUCUCCAAGCCUCUGCUCGGGGUACCUGGAAAGAGGCAAACCCACUGGCCAAUGUGACCGUCCUUGGUGUUGCCAAGGAGCCAUCAUCGGUCACGUUGAAUGGCAAGAAGCUCUCCUCCGACUCGGUCAAGUACAAUGCUACUUCGCAGGUUCUUCACAUAGGUGGCUUGCAGGAGCAAACGGCCGAUGGUGCGUGGGCGAAGGAUUGGAUGCUGGAAUGGUGAACCAAGCCAGCUGGGAAAAUUAGGCACCCUUACUAUAUGUAUAUAUUCCCCGAGUAUUAAGCUAC